GCUAUUUUUGUAUGAUGAAGAAGUCUACCAUCCUCAAAACUUUUCGAAGGUUUUGGAAGAAGUUGACUAGUACUAGAAUCUCGAAAUAUUCAAGAAUAUCUUAGAAGCCACGUCCAGUUACGAGGGGCACAGCAUGGACGAAGAUCAAGCAAAGCGACCAGGGGUUCUCGAUAUAGGACGAGCGAUGCAACGUUUCGGGAUGGUAGACUACAUCAUGUUCGUCAUCAUGCUUGGAAUUUGUCUGGUCGUUGGGAUGUAUUUUGGGUUAUUUAAAAAGAACCAAACUUCACAGGACUAUUUAGUUGGUGGGCGUAAUAUGAAAGUUUUACCGAUCGCCAUGUCUUUGAUUGCCACGUGGGUAAGUGGUAUAUCUUUGCUGGGAAUACCAACGGAAAUAUAUGUAUAUGGAAUUCAAUAUACUUAUAUAAUAUUUGGUUACCUACUGACAACACUAAUAUUUGGGUACAUUUACUUGCCGGUUUUUCAGCAGUUAAAACUCACUUCAACAUACGAGUACCAUGAAAUGAGGUUUGAUAAAAAAGUAAGACUAUUCGGAUCUGUCCUCUUCGCCAUUGGUAUGAUAGCUUGGCUGCCUUUGGUAAUCUACGUGCCAGCUUUAGCAUUUAACCAAGUUACAGGUGUUAAUGUCCAUCUUACGACUCCAGCUGUGUGCAUAAUAUGUAUUAUCUAUACAUCUAUGGGUGGUCUAAAAGGAGUAGUUUGGACAGAUGUCAUUCAAAUAUUUAUUAUGAUCGGGGCGAUCCUUUUGGUUGUGAUCAAGGGAACCAUUGAUAUAGGUGGUAUUGGCACCGUAUUAGAAAGGAAUUGGAAUAGCGAUAGAAUAGAGGGACCUAAUUUUGACCCAGAUCCGAUGGCAAGACAUACCAUAUGGGCACUUGUAAUUGGUGGAGCUGCAUACACACUGCAAAGUUCAGGGGUGAAUCAAAAUAUGGUGCAGAGAUAUUUGGCUUUGCCGACUUUGCAGCACAGCAGACGGGCAUUAUGGAUGUUCCUGAUUGGACUGACUGUGAUUGUAUUACUUUGUUCCUACUGCGGCCUGCUAGUUUAUGCUACUUAUUACAAAUGCGAUCCUCUUACAACUAUGUUGGCAAAAGAAAAGGACCAGUUGUUACCAUUGCUGGUAAUGGAGAUAUUAGGAGACGUUCCUGGACUACCUGGGUUAUUUGUAGCUGGUAUAUUUAGUGCUGCUCUAAGUUCACUUUCAACAGGUUUAAAUGCAAUGGCAGCAGUUGUCCUUGAAGAUUUUUAUAAGCCAUUUUUUAAAAAGGAACUAUCGGAGAAGAAUACAUAUCUUCUUAUGAAGACGACAGUUCUGAUCACAGGAGCAGUAUGUGUGGGAUUGGUGUUUGUAGUUGAAAAACUAGGAGCAGUACUACAGCUUACUAUGAGCAUUGGUGCUAUAGCUAAUGGCCCUUCAUUAGGACUUUUUACUAUGGGAAUAUUAUGCCCGUGGAUUAAUGCCAAGGGAGCUCUGAUUGGUGGAAUGGCUUCUCUAGUUUUCAUGUCUUGGCUGUGUUUAAGUGCCCAGAGCUUGAUAUCAUCGGGAGAUCUAACGUUUCCAGAAAAACCAGUCUCCACAGAUGGAUGUCACUACCACUUUAUUCCAAAAUAUCUAAGUAAAUCCAUGAUUAACAUAACAGACGUGACACAUACCGACGAAAAAUAUAUGAUACUCAGACUCUCAUAUUUGUGGUACUGUUUAAUUGGAACCUUGGUGGCCUUAUUAGUGGGUCUAACAGUGAGUUAUAUUACGAAACCCCUAAAACCAGAGGAAGUUGAUCCAAAUCUUCUAGCGCCAUUUAUUAGAAACAUACUGGAGCGAAAGAAAAACAAAAAACAAGAGAGCAAACAGAGUACUAACCAGGGUACAAUUAUUCAUACGAAUGGUGAUAUGGUAUUAAAGGAAUUGGAGUGCAAUAAUAAAAGAAAUUUGGAGAAAAUAGAUGAAAUAUAAUUUUGUGCUAGG